GAACCGCUGACCACAUGGGAGUGCGAACAAGUGACGGAUGUACCAUCACAUGUGCGAAGUGAAUACCCUCUGAGCCCAUUUUACAAAAAGUACCUACAUGCAUACGGUAUCCCUGUGAUUAGUUCCGAAAACGCCACAGAUGCCGCUCUUAGGAGAGCUUGUUACGUUGUGAUAUUCCUACUUGCUGACCGCGAGGAUAUUCGUCGCUCGGUUUACAAGCGCCGCGGACGAGCAGGCGUGAUCGCUGCAACUGAGGGUGUUACGAGUAUUCCAGAACAUUCCUGGCUCGAUGACUGGUGGAACUGGCGGGCGAGGGGCCUUGGAGGGACCGUUUCACAGCCUAUUUCUACUUGUGAGUAUUUACUUCUCAAUAACCUUUUAACCCAAGCAGUGCUCGUCAUACUUUUGUUCAUCCAUGAGAGUAUGGACCCUAGAAAUUACGUAAAGAUGGCGCAAAGUAUAUUACUCCUAGUUGUCACUCGAGUGCAAUUUUCCAAAUUCACCUGAAAUGGGUGUUGUAAUAAAAAGUUUUAUUGUCGUAGUAAAAAAACAAUGUACAACAAUUUUCAGUUGUCUAUUUAAUUUAACAAAAUAUUAUAUUUUAAGCGCGUCUUUUCAGUCAUGUCAGAUCGUACAUGGCGUCUAAGUGUGGUAAGAGAGCUAGCCAAAGAUUAGCUCAGGCAUAAAAGAGAGACAUUUGGACAACUACUCUCUGCUUUAUUGUAGUAAGUUCAAUUGAAUUGCAAAAAUACAGGGCUAAAAUGUGGCUAGUAAAACAUUGUGUCUUUACUGGAUAUCAAUGUCCACCUUACAUAUCGGCUCAGCGGAAGCGUUGAACCAAAAACGAUAACGUUUGCGUUCAAGGAUUACAUGAUGGGGCGAUUAAAAAAACGGCUUUUUUAAAAAAAUGUAAAGCGAUAUUGGACGUUACAUUUUAGGUGGGGAAGAGAAUAUUCUUUGCUUUACAAACGGUCAAGACAGGUAUCCCAAUCAAGAUAUCUUUCUCCACGAAUUUGUCCACGGACUGCACAACCUUGGGGCUCACUUUGCAAUUCCAGACUUCGAUGACAGGCUGCGCAAGCGGUACAACUCAGUUAAAACCAGCGGUAAACUAUGGCAGAAGACGUACGCUUUGUCUACUCACUGGGAGUAUCUCGCCGAGGGAGCGCAGAGUUUCUUCGACUGUAACGCCCAGAGUGACCCACCGAAUGGCAUCUACAACCACGUCAAUACCAGGACUGAACUUAAGUCUUACGACCCUGUUCUGUAUGAAUUUCUGAAGGAGAUAUUUCCUUGCCAAAACAGACUUCUGCAGCGAUGUGAC